AUGGAACAAGGCUCGAGUGAAAACGCACCAGUUUCAGUGCCAGUCAAUCAUGGCGAUGCAGCCCGUUAUGGCCGAGUGCCGGCGCACCGAGCGGCAUACCAACGCUUGCAGAGUCCACCCAACACCACGUACUCUGGUGCUAUAGGAGACAGCGAGAUGCCAUCAUCCCGUUACAGUGCGGUGCCGCCCGCGGCCCCGCAUGACGCAUCCAAUCGAUCUCGCGAUUACACGGCGCAUGGUUCGGCAACGACGGGUAUGCCGCGCGGUGGAGAUGUUUCUCGUUCAGCAAGCGCAGUACACAUGCACACGCUCCAACACGAGUUUCAGAUGCAGAGUCACGACGUAGUCGAGGCCGAAGCACCGAGGUGGUCACCACGACAGCCCUCGAGCCAGUAUAGGGCCGAGUUUGCAAGCCAGGUGCCUGUAGGCAUGUAUCGAUCGGCGUCUAGCUCUCUCGGCCUGCAACCCAGGCGUGAUGGUCCUCUGAGUGCUCUUGCUUCGUCUGAGCAAGGCAGCGGGACUACGAGCCGAUACACGCAGUCGUCACUCAUUCGAGCCACGGCGGCAGCAACGGGGCGGACGUAUCGGCGGAUUCGGCCAGAACAGCGUGAUCAAGAGAAUGACGGGGAUGGCAUGGUGAUGCGACGUGAGGAAGCCAAUGUGGCUGCGCGCUAUGGCGAGGAGGAGCAGCACCGGACCAUGAUGAAUGAGACGCCGCCGAGGAUUGGGCGUGUUGAGCGCCGGAUGAUGGAGUAA